AUGAUUCCACAAUUUGAUUCUCAAGAUGCUGCAAAAGUUGCCGCAUUUAGGGUAGAUUCACGACAACCGCAAAACUCAUACGGGUAUAGUAAAGAUAAAAAUGCAUCAUCUUUAUACCAAGAAUUUGUCAUUCAAAUCGAAAAUCAAUUAGAAUCAGACGAUAUUGAAAGAAUUAAAAACGGAUUGUCCAACCUUAUUCCAUUAAUUCAGUGUGAUCCUUCUAUUGCAUACGCAUUUCCUGAUCCAGAUAAAUUAAUUGAAAAAAUUGUUUCAUUUUUAGAAUCCACAAAUAGCAUGAUAACAACACUCUCUACAAAAGCAAUACUUUCAUUUAUUAAAUACAGUCCAAAUUUUGCUAAAGAAAAAUUAAUUUGUUUAGAGCUUGGGCAAAGGCUACUUGCACUAUUUCCAUCCCAUCUAGCAAUUCAAUGCUUCAUGGAAAUGUAUGUUUUUGAAGAAUUUCAAAGCGCUUUUCCACCUGAAAUUCUUAUGACGCGAUUUAUUCAUAUAAUUAAGAAUCUUCCUACAUUUUCUCCAAUAAUAUCUAGCAUAUACAUAUUUAUUGACAAGUUUUCUAACUUAUUUGCACUAGAUCCUCAAAAUCUCGAAAUUAUUUUUGAAUUAAUUCCAAACAAGAAAAACUGCGGCCAAUUUUUAAUCAAAAUUGUUAAUUGUCUCCUCAGUUCCAUAUACAUUUGCUUUUCAAAUACAGAAAUUCUCAAAAAUUUCAUGCAAAAAUUACUUGGAAUUGGAUAUAAAUACUUAAUGAAUGACGCAUUGGUUCUGCUGACUAAUGUAGCCUUAAUUGAUACAGAAGAAUUCAAUGGAUGCCAAAUUUUAUUAAGAAAUGAAAUUUUACCUUUUCUUUCAACAAAUUUUUCCAGAUAUAAUGAAGAUGAAUUGAAAAUUCUCAUUAUAGAUCUUAUCACUAUUCUUGUUUCUCACGAAACUAUUAAUUCUUCCUCUGAAAUUCAAGAAAUUUUGGAAUUAAUCCAUGGAGAAGAAAGCGAAGCCUUCAAAGUACAAUUUUCCAUCAUGAAAUUAGCACACGCAUUACUUACAUCCAGUAGUUUUGAUCUAAUUCGAAAUGUUGACCCGAAAUUCUUUUUUGAUUUCGCCAAAAUUUCAUUAAACGCAAGCUCAAAUGAAAUUCUGAUUGAGAUACUUGGCUUUGUAUAUGAUUGCGUAUCAAAUAGUAAUUAUCCGUUCCAUGAAGCUGCAAUUCAAUUAUUUGACGAUGAAACAUUCAUAGAAUCAAUCAAUAACCUCUUGACAAGCGAUAAUAUUGAUGUAUCGAGCGCUGCCGAGAAUAUUUUGUCAGUAAUGGAUGAAAUGGAUGAAAAUUAA